UCUUCUCUCUCCAGACACAGACUUCUUUCUCUUGUCAGAGACUCAAAAUGCAGCUUCAGACGCAAUCCUUAGGUCUCCACCUCCUCCCUUUACCGAAUCUCGCGAAACCCACCAAGGGAAACCGAUUCGAUCCCCCAAAACGAGACCUAUCUCGUCGGAUUUCCCUCCGAUGUUCUGUUUCCACGGCGUCGGACUCGGCGUCGACGACGACCCGUAAUCUCUCCUCCUCCAAUCGCAAGCCCUUAUCGGCAGAGGUUUCGAGGACAAUCAUGGAGCUUUCUUCGGUCGGAACUCUCUCCACGUUGACCCACGACGGUUGGCCUCUCGCCGUCGGCGUUCGCUUCGCCGUUGACGAAGACGGCACUCCUGUUCUCUGCCUGCAUCGGACAUUCUCGCCCGAUAAGAGGUCUGCUCUUCAUGUUCAGUUAGAGCAAUGUGGAUUAAGGACUCCCCAGUGUACGAUACAAGGCAGCAUUGGUAGGCCAGGCGAUGAUAAGGUUCUGAAGCGUCUUCGUUCUGCAUGGAGGAAGAAGUUUGGUGAAGAAGUUGAGGGUGACAAUAUGUAUGUUGUUGCAGUGGACCGUGUACUUCAAAUGGAAGACUUCAUGGAGGAUGGAGUUUGGGUUGCAUCAACAGAUUACAAAAGUGCAAGCCCUGAUCCGCUUCGAGGCGUUGCAGAAGGCAUAGUUAACGAAAUAAACGACAACAACAUGGAAGAUAUCCUCCGUUUUUGCAAUGUAUACGUCGAUCUGGAUUUCCAGGUAUCGAAGACGGGAAUGAUAUGGAUGGACAGGCUGGGGUUUGAUCUUCGGGUAUGGUCUCUAGGAGGAGAAGCGUACGAUGUAAGGAUUCCGUUUCCCGGGGAAGUAACCGACGGAAAGGGCGCAAAGUCCUCGUUCAACGGAAUGUCGCAGCUCGCGUGGGAAGUAGAGAAGAGCCAUUAUUUUCCGACAGGCUUUGACAAGGUCAAGCAGUUGAAGCCGGUGGGACGGCAAAUAACAUUGUAGAAUUGACUCGGGUCGAGCCGGGAUGGGUCGGGUAUCGAAUGCCAACUGCUUUGUUAGAUUCUGCAGUAUCACUAUUUGUUCAAAACUCCAAUCUUGAAAGGAAAAAAAAAACAGCUUUUUUUGGUUCUUCUUGUAUUGAGUUUUGGUUAAGGUACUUGCUCUCUUGUUGGAAAAUUUUCAUCUGUCUUGUAAUUGAAAUUUUGUAUUUGCUCUU